CGAAGCGUCACAGUCAUGCGUUUUUUUUUAAUUCCACCAAAUUUCGUUAUGAACCACUACUGUCGACCGCUUUCUCUUUAGUUCCAACAAAUUACGUUACGAGCCGGCACAAUCACAUAAACAUUUUAGCGUAGCGACAAUGGCUUCUACAAAUGAUUUUGGUCCGGAUUCCGGUGGUAGAGUAAAGGGAGUGACUAUUGUCAAACCUAUAAUUUAUGGUAAUAUAUCGCGUUAUUUCGGCAAGAAGAGGGAAGAGGAUGGGCAUACGCAUCAAUGGACUGUGUACGUCAAACCAUAUCAUAAUGAGGAUAUGUCCACUUAUGUGAAAAAGGUGCAUUUCAAAUUGCAUGAGAGUUACAACAAUCCUAAUCGAAUUGUGACAAAGCCACCAUAUGAAUUGACAGAAACUGGUUGGGGAGAGUUUGAGAUAGUUAUUAAAAUUUAUUUUCAUGAUCCGAACGAGCGUCCUGUAACAGUAUAUCAUGUAUUAAAAUUAUUCCAAUCGACUCCUGAGAUACAAUUGGGCAAGAAAAGUCUAGUAUCUGAAUUUUAUGAGGAAAUAGUUUUUCAAGAUCCAACAGCAUUAAUGCAACAUUUAUUAAGUUCCAGUAGACCUAUAACACUUGGUGUGUGGCGACAUAAUACUGAUUUUGAAGCAAAGAAAGAAUCCACAAAGAACGCUAUCAUGGAGGCGCGCAACAAAAUAAGACUUGAAGUAAUAGAUCUCAAAGAAAAGUUGACUCUAGCUAAAGAAACUAUUGCAAAGUUCAAAGAAGAAAUUGCAAAGAUUUCUAAAGCUGGUGGAAGUUUAUCUGUUGCAUAGUAAUAUUACUUCAAGGUAAAAAAAUUUAUAAUAAAUUAUAGAUAGAAUUAUUGAUUGCAAUAAAUAUGCGAGUAAAUCGAAAAGUAGUGACAUUUAAAAGAGAAUUAAAAACUUAAAAAGUCUCUGCUUCUCGAUUCUUUAAUUUUUGUAUACAUAUGUACAUAUAUGAUUAUAAGUGUAACUUAAAUUGAGCUGUAAAUAUUUUUAUGAACUGAGUUAGAAAAUUUAGUAUAAAAAGUAGCUGUGUAAUAGAUAGAAUUUCAAUU